AUGGCGGGUUUACAGACUCGUUCGACCAUGUCCCUUCCGUUCUCCCUCUCUGCGGCUUUUCGCAACCUUUCCCUCACGACCUCCAAACGUUCCUUCUCCACGACAUUGGCGGCACAGAAGACGAAACAAUUGCCGGAUUACAUCCCUCCUUACCCCUACGGCCCGAACUAUGUCUUCAAGCAAUCCAACUCCGGUCUCUACGGAGGCGCGAUGAUCCAAUUCGGAAACAAGAUCUCACAAGGCCGCAACGAGGGCAAGACCCGCCGAUUCUGGAAGCCCAACGUUCGUCGGAAGAAGCUCUACAGCGAAGCACUCGAAAAGGAUCUCUUCAUCAAGGUCACGCGCAAGGCGCUGCGCACGAUCCGGAAGGCCGGUGGCCUCGACAACUACCUUCUGAGCGACCGCCCGGGCCGCAUCAGGGAGAUGGGUAUCUUUGGAUGGGAGUUGCGGUGGCAGAUCAUGCAGACCCCGAAGAUUCAAGAGAGAUUCCGGGAGGAGCGGAAAAAGCUUGGUAUGCCCGAACCGCCUACGUUCGAGGAGUGGGUGAAGCAGAAGGAGGACGAGAUUAAGGCGCAGGUGGAGGCGGAGACGAAUAUCAAGGAGAUCACGAAGCCAACGUACAACGAGAAACAAUACUAG